AUGGGGUCGAGCGGGACGCGGACAAAGCCGGGAGGCAAAGGCAAGGCAACACAGCGGCGGCCUGUGCUCACCGCUGCGGCGGACGGCAGAGCAAGAAGGAGCCCUGCGACGGGGCUCAGCAAAGCACUGGCCUGGUUUGUCGUUGUCACCGAUCGCGACAUCUUGGGGCACCGGAGGGACGUCAUGGAGGACGGGAUCCGGUGGAGGUCGAGGCAGGGGUUCGGAGCAGAGGCGAGAUGGCGCGAUGGCGGCCUCUACUCGUCAGCGUCGGAGGACGACAUUGUGGAGCAGCUGUGGCAGAGCAGCUUGGGGACGGUGCAGGGGAGGCAGCGGCGAGGCGCAGGCACGAGGGCUCUGCAUGGGGCGAGGAGGAGGUUGGGGUGCACGGGGCUGCCGACGCGAGGUGGGGUGGCGGGGAUCGAGGAGAGGGCGAGGGGAUCGGCCAUGCUGGCCUUUCUUGGCGCUGGCAACGUGCGUGCGUGGGUGGUGGCGGUAGCGGGAGGACGAGAGGGAGUGGGUGAGAAGAGGGGUCAGCCUAGGGUUAGAAGGGGUGCGGGCUGGGGUUUAGAUGGCAGUGGUUGGGCCUUAGGGAGGCCGUAG